UACCAACCUUGCAUUCGGUGCCAAGAUUUCAUUGUGAAAUCGUACAUGCGACACGUCAACAGCAUUCCGUACCAUCCUUGCAUACGAGCGGACCUACUCGACCUUCGUUUACACAGGCAGGGGCCUACAAUCCGUAAUGAUCUCCAACCCUGGUUCCAGGAGAAACAGAGGCUGCUAUUGGAAGCCAAUGAGAAGCCUUCCACCCACCUUUUGUUCCUUACCCAGGGAUUUGGAGAGGCGUUCGAGGAUGCACUGUCGGUCCACGUCUCUCGCUUCCAAAAGAAGCCCGGGGAUAGGACAGCCUACUACUGGACUGACUGGUCCGGACGGCCUCGAUCCAUGGAAAUGCCACCGUAUUUCAUCAGCGACCUAGAAGAGGCGCGUAAGAAUCUUUUUGAUUUCACUAGGAAUGUCCGUUCUGUCUAUAUCGAGACAAUUACGGCGGACUCAAACUCGAUCAUUCGCAAAACAUUUCAAGCUGCUCUCCAUUUUGGGGCCUACAGUAACGCAAACCUGGUGUCGGAUGCCCUGGACAUCUGGGUUGCGGCACGCCUGAUCGAGACACAAUUCCGCGUGUUCAAUGGCGGGUUUAUGGCGGGAAUGAAAAACAUAGACGAGGCUGGGCACCCCUUCGACGGCUUCAUACCCGUGACACCCAUGAUGGACUCUCAACUUGAUGACUUGGUCAUCCGUGACCUGAUUCGCCCCCUCUGUGCUCGGUUCCUGGCAAGACUGAAGGGAAAAAUAGAGGAACGAAAGCGAGAGAACUGGAUGGAGAUCUACCUUGCCAUGUUCAUCAUGAUGUCAAACAUGAGCCUAAUAUUGAAGGACAUGGCCGGUCAAGCAAAGUGGAAAGGCUUGAAGCCCGGCAAUCGCGGUGGAACACUCACGCAGGGCUUCAUGCACGCAUGCAAGACCUUGCUGGCAUACUUCCAUCAUGCAUGUGCUGGUGCGGUCCCCAUCACGAGUAUAUUUACCGAGUCCCAAAACGCCGCCAACGCACCUUACUAUGGCAUGGAACCAGACCAAAUCGAGUAUUUGUGCAACAUUCGGCAGGAGAUUUUUCGGCAAGGAGAGAAGCUCGCCAACUGGAACUCAAUGUCCAUGUACGAUGACGAGCUGUACUGGUGUUAUCAGCUUUUGGUAAAAGAUUGGCGCGGUGACAUCCCUUACCUAGCCGGUGAGAUUGAUGAUUUCCGGGAAGAGGAUUUUCUCUCGUCGUCCACUACGUAGGCUCACAUAAUUCACAUGCAAAUCUUAUUCUCAUUCAUGAAUCUCGG